AUGAGAUCUCAUCUGCUACGCUUCUUUCUGGGUUGGUUGAGUGUGGGUGCACUAGCUCUGGUGAUGGAAAAGGAGCGAACUGCCCCCUUACCAUGGCUCUAUUGGCUAGCCUACCCGGCGGCCGUGCAACAAGUUGGAGCUCCUCUACCUGGCAUACCAAUAAGACGACCCCAGCGGGAAGAACUCACCACAUCGACAACCACUUCUAGACCUCUACAAGAUGCAAUGGAUACAAUAGAUAACUCUUUUAUUCGCGAGCAAUUCCUGCAGGGAAUUCUACAGGGAUUGCAGCAGUCGGCGGGUCCCACCAUUCAACCAGAGGUAUUGGCUGACUUUCUCUCUCAGGCCACUGCCACCACCACGACAUCGACGACGGAGAAAAGUAUUAUUGAGAAAGAUGCCCAUGAAAAUGAGAAUGAUAACGAUGAUGACUACGAUUACAUUGACUUUAAGAACGGAUCACGCAUCAAGUACGACCUCGAUGAAGGGGAGUCCCAUAAGCUGUUUGCUCCAACCACAAAGCCUCCUGCAGUUCGUCCUCAACCCAAUCCAGUUUACUAUUUCUAUAGACCCUACUACCACUACUACUAA